AUGGAAAUGGCCAAAACCCUAACAUUGUUGCUACUCUUCCUCCGGCUAACUUUUUUCACUUCAUUUGCUCAAGAGCUUGAAUCUCUUCCCCCAACUUACCCUCCUCACACACCAGCUCCCCUUCAUCCCCCAACCAAGUCACCGGUUCACCCACCGGCCAACCCUCCUCACCACCACCAUCACCACCCUAACCACUCACAUUCCCCUUCUCCCACCCCUGUUCAUACACCUUACCCUCCUCACUCACCAGCUCCUCUUCACCCCCCAACUAAGUCACCGGUUCACCCACCGGCUAACCCUCCUCACCACCACCAUCACCACCCCAACCACUCACAUUCCCCAGCUCCCUCUCCUGUUCACACUCCUUACCCUCCUCACUCACCACCUCCACUUCAUCCCCCAACCAAAUCACCAGCUUACCCACCUGCUAAACCUCCAACCCACGGCCACCACCACCACCACGCUCCUGCUCCCGCCCCCGCUCACACACCUGUUGUUCCAACUCACCCACCAGCACACCCUCCCACUCCUGCUCACUCACCAGCACACCCUCCUCCUCCUGCUCACUCACCACCGCACCCCACUCCCAUCCCUAGAAGCUUCAUUGCUGUUCAGGGCGUUGUUUAUGUCAAAUCAUGCAAGUAUCCUGGCGCUGACACCCUCUUGGGAGCUACAUCACUCCUUGGUGCCGUUGUGAAGCUUCAAUGUAACAACACAAAGUACAAGUUGGUGUUAAAGGACGAAACUGAUAAGAAUGGUUAUUUCUACAUUGAAGGCCCAAAGAGCAUUACAAGCUAUGCAGCUCACAAGUGCAAUGUUGUUUUGGUGAGUGCACCUAAUGGGCUUAAGCCUUCGAAUCUUCAUGGUGGUGUUAGUGGUGCUUCGCUUAGGGCUGAGAAAGCUUUUGUGUCGAAGGGUCUUCCUUUUGUUCUCUACACUGUUGGGCCUCUUGCAUUUGAGCCCAAAUGUUAG